AGCACUUGAAUGUUGGUAAAAAAAAAAUAAUGUGAAGCGUUGUCUGUUGUUGUCUUGAGAUCCACUGUUUAAACUCUUACCUAGAACUAGUUGACAUUCAAACUCGUAGUUGACAACUUCUGGGUGAUAUUGUUGUCGCCGGAGAAAUUCAUCUUUUAGGUUGCAUUGGUAUUGUUAUUAUUUAAUACAUUUCUGUAUAAAAAAAAAUUCUGUGGCCUGAUGUAAGUAGAAAUGUGACUGUACAUAUACAAGAUUUCUACAGUUUGAUAAUACAACAUCGUAGGAACUGAAUCAUGGGAGGUCGGAACUCAAAGUAUCGUUAUGGAACACAUGAAACGGCACAACACAAGAGAGGCGAUAAAGAGACAAGAUUGGAGAGAGAAAAAGGAUGUUCCAAGCCGCAUGAAAGUCAAAUACAAACUAUUGACUUUUCUAUGGGACAUUUACCAGAAGGCUAUCAAGAGCAAGAUCUUUUUGAACUCGUCAAGCUAAUCGCUGGAUUAACAGUGCUAAUAGAAGUUCAGUUUUGUAGCGAAAAAAGGUUAGACUAUUGGCAAAAGACUAGAACUAAAUAUCCUGGCAGCGAGUGGAAAGGAAAAAAGACCAAUCUCACUGGGAGUGGCCGUAUUGCUGACAUUUUCCAAGAUAAGAAUGGCCCGAAAUUUUGCAUAUGCUCCAAAUGCAAAGAAGACAACGUCCAAAGAGAACUGUGGACAAUUAUAGUAAUCACGGCCACUCACGUGGUUUUUGAUAACUCCGAAGCAAACAGUUCAAGUUGCUGUCUAUUUUACGACACUGAUGAUGGAAAUUACAUACAAAUUAAUUGCACCAAAUGUCGCUGGUCACACGACUCUGGAGAUUUGUGUUUCCUAGAAGGCUUUACGUGUGACAGAGAGCUAUUUAACAACAUUGACAACAAAAUUAAACAGUUUAAUGUUUUGUGGAAAACUAUUCACGAUAGAUAUGCACUGGAUGAGAGAAAGGAAAAAAUGGAAAGAAAAUAUUACUACAAGCGUUUGGUGGUUGUGGUAUCACAUCCUCAUGGUGGGCCCAAAAAAAUUUCAUUAGGGCGACUUGAUGAACAGCUUAAAAAUAAAUUAAAAAAUGACACUGGGUAUCAAUUGUUUUAUGACUCGCCUACAUGUGAGGGAAGCAGCGGAGCCCCAGUGUAUCUCUACGGACAGGACUGGUUUAAAGUGGAGUACGUCCAUAGUGGUACAACAGAAGAUAGACAACUAAAUCACAGCACCACUUGGUGUCCCAAGUAGGAAAGAAACUAAUGGCGUAUCCAGGGUGGAGUAGGGCGAUCCAAAUUUUAAAAUUCCCCCGGGGUCCUCCACUUGAGGGGACCACCAAAUGAGUGUCCGAAUUUUGUUUUUACAUUAAAUACUACGCCCUUAUCUCAUGUAAUGAUGUCGAAUAUCAAAAUGCAGGGGCUCCUAAAGAAUUUAAGCCCCUAAGUCCUAGAUACGCCCCUGUAAGAAACUGCAUUCUUGUUAACUUAUGAGUUAAAUUUAAAUUAAUUGCCUUGAAUUAGUUUGCAAAAUAAACGCUUCGAGUACAGGACAAAAUAUUGUUUUUCUUUUUGGAAAAAAAAGAUCUAUUUAUUUAGCUGUUUAGCUUGUCACUUAGUCAUCCCCCCGAAUAUAGGCCUAUGUUAUUUUUAUUUUGAAAAUCACCGACAAAAAAGCAAUUUUAAAACCUAGACAAAACUUGUAAUGUAAAUUUGUUGCGAACUCUGCUUUUAGAUAAACAAAUAUAUUUUUAUAGGCCUAUAUAAAUAUGCAUUUUUAUUUUUAAUCGUCAGUGCCUACCCCAUGCUAAUUCUAAGUGUAAACUAUUAAAUUAAACCAUUAAUCUAUAAACUAUUAUUUCCCAGGAGUUCUUGGAAAUGUCCUGAAAUUAUUAAAAGCUCCUGGAAAGUCAUACAAUUAUCUUGAAGAAUAGUCAAAACUGGAAAACGACUAUCUCACGAGCGAUUUAAAAAAAAAAGCGGCAUUGUCAGUUUUCAUUUAAUAAAAAUGUAGAUUUAAUAAUAGGGCGAAUGAAUUAUAACCGAAACAGGCAGUUCCAAUGCUUUUUUUUCUUUCAUAGUCACUAGCAUAUAAAUAUAGAUAUAAAUCUUUCUCCAUCUCUUAAAAAUAAAUUAAAAAGCGAUAUUUUGUUAGUUGAUAGUAAAUCUAGAAGACAGAUCUGAAUGUUUAUCGGCUUUUUUAUUUUGUACUUAGUAAAGAAUAAAUAAAAUGCAAAGACGGAUUUAUUUUAUAAUACAAAAUCUAAAUUCUUACUUACUAUGCCUACCCCUGCCCAGAAUGCGCAAUCCUUUUCGCAUAGGGCCCCGCAAUUGUUAACCGUUAUUAGCAACUGUUUCGGUUUAUUUUAAAUUUUAGUUUGUUAUUGAGAAGACACGUGUCAGAUGAAGAAUGAGAUGUAAUUAUAUGUUCACAAAACCAUUUUUAAAAAAGGAUGUCUUUUUUUUUUUCAGAACAGCUGCAACGUUGAGGGAAGGGAAGGGGGUGCUAUGUCCUCAGUUUAUGAAGGGGGUGCUAUGUCCUCAGUUUAUGAAGGGGGUGCUAUGUCCUCAGUUUAUGAAGGGGGUGCUAUGUCCUCAGUUUAUGAAGGGGGUGCUAUGUCCUCAGUUUAUGAAGGGGGUGCUAUGUCCUCAGUUUAUGAAGGGGGUGCUAUGUCCUCAGUUUAUGAAGGGGGUGCUAUGUCCUCAGUUUAUGAAGGGGGUGCUAUGUCCUCAGUUUAUGAAGGGGGUGCUAUGUCCUCAGUUUAUGAAGGGGGUGCUAUGUCCUCAGUUUAUGAAGGGGGUGCUAUGUCCUCAGUUUAUGAAGGGGGUGCUAUGUCCUCAGUUUAUGAAGGGGGUGCUAUGUCCUCAGUUUAUGAAGGGGGUGCUAUGCCCUCAGUUUAUUCGCAGUCAUUCGCAAUAGGUUUCGAUGGAUUAUUCAGUUCCUUUCUUUCCGUUAUCAGUCUUUAGCUUUACAAUAUAAGCACAGGUAACAAAGAGAGGGGAGGUCGGAGGCUGACAUUUUGUGGCCUAACAAUGUCGGUGGCCGAGUGGUAAAGCGCUUGGCUUCUGAAGCGUGGGUCCCGGGUUUGAAUUCUGGUGAAGAAUAGUAUUUUUAAUUUUGGGAUCUUUAGAGCACCUCUGGGUCCACCAAGCUCUAAUGGGUACCUGACAUUAGUUGAGGACAGGUAAAGACGGUUGAUCAUUGCACUAGCCACAGGAAACCCUCGUUAAUUGUAGGCCACAGAAACAGAUGACCUUUACAUCAUCUGCGCUAUAGAUCUCACGGUCUGUAAGGGGAACUUCACUUCACUAUAUUUGAAAUGGAUAACUCAGUCCCAUCCUUAAAAGCAACCAGCCAAGUGAGUUUCCAUAUCUACAUCCAAUGUUGCCUGCCUGCCAAUAUGUCUAGUAGGGACUUUUCGCUAUACUUUUGGUCUAGCUAUAAUUGCAUCUACCUAAAGUUUAUACCUAUCACAAUAAUAAUAAAGAGUUAACACAUGUGACAAUUCUUUACACAAUUCUAUCUCUAUCAUAUUUAUCUUAUCUGUUAUUAUUUAAAAAUGUACAUCUUCAGAUUAAAAUGCAGACAAUUAGUUGCCUUAAGACAAAAAAAAAAGUGGCAAGUCUACCCAGAUCUGCACAUUAAUAUGCAUGCAUUUAAUUUGCAUUUUGAGGUAAUUUAGUCAAGGAUAAAUAAAAACAAGUUCUAUGUGCAGCUUUUAAAUCAUAUGUGUUAAGAAUUGUUUAAUAUAAUUAUUAUUCUAUAUUUUUAGGUCACCGUUUAUGCCAGCCAGGCUCUAUAAUCUUCUUCUAGAUUCUCUACUUCUAUAUCAACAGUUGAUAUUUUGAUAUGGGCUUUUUUUUUUACAUUGUACGUUUUAGAAUAUGUCUUGUUGGGUUAAUGUCUGUUAUUUCAAGCAUGUUAGUACGUUUGCUUAUUUCUAACCGGAUUUUCUAAAUAAAGAUUAGCCUACAUUCAUUAUGGUCAAAAUAAUUGUAUGGUCUUUCAAUUAUUUUUUUUAAAGGAAUGUAUUAGGAAAUAUUUGAUUCCUUUAUUUAUCCUUUUCUUGCUUAAAAAUUGUAAUCGCUAUAGUCUUUAUUUAGAUAUUUAAUUUUGAAAAAAACGUGAAUAACUAAUAAACAUAAUACAUUUUUAACUAACAAUAAA